AUGGUGAUGAUCAACGCAGAGACUGAUUCAAACAGCGAAUGCUUCGAGUUCGCCCGUGCUGGAAAUUGCAAGCGAAAAAAGUGCAAAUUCCUUCACCUGACGCCUGGAAGCGACCAGGCUCGCCCUCCCGGGGAACCAACCCAGCGCGGUAACUCCAACAACUCCGGACGACAGCGAAUACUUUCCAACUCGGAAAGGGAACUUCAAGAGUGGAAGCGAGGCAUCCCGUCAAAUUCAACACCUCUUUACCUGCUUCAUAUCAAAUUGAAACAUUUCUUCCAAGAAGCGAGGCGGCUUCUGGAUGCGGAUGCGGCCGUCUUACAGGCUGUUGUCAAGACUCUUGCCGAUGAGGAUGGACUGCGAUGUAUUCGUGAACUUGUUGAGCGAGAUUUCGGGGCUAUUUCCAAUACGCUGAAAGGCACUGUGUUCUCCUCGCAGGUAUUGCCGUUCCUCGAGACAGUCACGCAUCCAAACGUUUUAUCUUCUUUGGUGCUCGAAAGCUCCGUGGGAACCAUCUACAAUGUCCUCUUUGGGCUCAGCGGUGGCAGAGCAGGCAAAUUUCUCGACUUCAUCGGGGAUGCAAUCUCCAGGGAGGCCGUUGGUGAAUUCAAGUUUCGAGAACUGGAGGUAUCCCUCCUGUUCUUCUCUCUCCUUGUGGACCUCAAUGGAUACCUCCAGUUCUUCUCUCGCCUUGUAGACCUCAAUUCUACAGCCCUUAUCCAAGAGCAUCUGUAUGCACAGGCCAAAAAGUUCGACGCCGAGCUGGGUCUUGCCAUGGCCAACAGAGGAACUGACAGCAUGCUUCAUCGUGCUCAGGCAUAUUUGGAACGUCUUCAGCGUCGGCUUUCUGUUGGUCAGUCAUUGCCAGUCAAUUUUCCUGAUCAUGAAGCUAUGAACCCGGUCACAACUGCUGCCUUCAAUCCCCUUCGCGACAAUCCCGGCGGCCGACACGAUAAUGACCAUGACUACAGCUGUGAGAUCAAAAUUAUGCCAACUGUUCAGGAGAUCCAGAGCACAAGCAUAGAGUAUUUGCCAGUCAUUGACCCAACUCAGUGGCAUAUCGAUGGUCUUGAUGGAUUGAUAGACCGCAAUUUCCGGCUUCUGAGAGAGGACACCGUUGGCCAACUACGAGAUGCGGUUCACCAGUUUCUGAGGCAACUGUCGCUGAAUCGCUUUUCCAAGUCCUCAAUUCGCAAGAACGUCUAUCGUGAUGCCAAUAUCACUAAGAUUCAUUUCGACUCCAUCUCGGGUAUCCAGUUUGAGCUUACGUUUCCUCAACUUGCUAGUCUGAAAGGAAAGUCGACACAUCAGAUAGAGACAUGGUGGCAGGAUUCAAAACAUCUACAACCUGGAGCCUUGGUGUGCCUAGUCACUCAUCAAGAUGAGGUGUUGUUUUGCACGGUUGCGGAGAACAAUCUCCCCAAGAAGAGCAAAGAUUCUAGAUUCUACGAGCCGCGAGACCUCUCGCGGAGGGUCAUGGUGGAAAGACCCCAAAUCCGCUUCGGUAGUCUUAAAUCUGGUGGAUUCCAGCGAGACAAACUUGAAAUUUAUCUUGGCCCCAAAAUCCCGGCGUCUCUCGUGGAAUUUCCCGGUGUGCUACUCGCAGCAUUUGAGCCGACAUUGCAAGCCCUCAAGCAGAUGAAAUCUACUGGCAAUGUUUCAUUUUCUGAGCUUCUUGUCGCCUGGAAUGGAGAAAGCUCCAGCUCAAACCUGGUAAAUCCUCCGGUCUAUUCCCUGGCCCCGGGGUUCGCAUUCAAUCUCCGCUGCCUGAUGAGCAACGGGGCCGACUUUCACGUUCGCCCCGAUCAGCCUGUUGAUUUCCAAGUACUGAGUGAGAACUCAAGUCUGGAUAAAUCUCAGGGUAAAACUCUGGUGCAUUGCCUCCAACGAAAACUUGCUCUCAUUCAAGGGCCACCAGGAAUUGGUAAAAGCUACACUGGAAUCGCUCUUAUCAAAGUACUCUUGGCAAACUCGCGCCACCAGAAGGCCUCGCCUGGGCCUAUUAUCUGUGUGACCUUCACAAACCAUGCCCUUGACCAGCUUCUCGAGGCUUUGGUGGACAAGAAAAUCACGAAAAACCUUGUUCGCAUAGGGUCGCAGUCCAAAUCAGCCAGUCUUGCACCUUUUAACCUAAGCUCCAUUGCUGGAGAAGCGAGGCGCACAAAACUCGAAAAAGAUUUGGAAGCGUGCGAGAAAGAAUUUCAUUCCCUCGGACUCAAGCCAGAUCUGGAUGACCGCUUGGUGCCGCAUAUCCAUGAAUACUAUCCUGAUCAUUACCAACAGCUAUUUGGUAUGGAUGAUGAAGGGGCUCAGAUUGUCACAAGUUCGAGACCCAGCUCUGCCAUCAAGUAUUGGAUUGAUGCUGGAAUAUCAAGCACUACUCCACCUCGGGCUGUGAGGGAACUCAGAAAUACCAAGGUGUUCGACAUGUCUCAAGAAGAACGUCGAAUACUUCACCGGGAGUGGAAUAACGAGCUCGAGCGCGAUAUACAUGGUCAGGUCGUCUAUAUCUCACGUCUGCAUGCUCAAGCCAGGUCUCGUCUUGACAACUCUCGGGAUGAAUAUCACCUUCGUUGCCUGGCUAAAGCGGAUGUCGUAGGCAUGACCACUACGGGUCUUGCCCGACGACUGAACAUGCUUCGGAAGCUUCAAUGCAAGGUCAUGUUAUGCGAAGAGGCCGGGGAAGUUCUCGAAUUACACCUCUUGACAGCAUUUCUACCAUCGGUAGAGCAUGCGAUUCUCAUCGGGGAUCAUCAGCAGCUAUCCCCCAAAAUUGCCAAUUACGAGCUCUCCCGGUCAAACCAUCAAGGUGGCUCACAGUACUCCCUUGAUCUAUCGCUGUUUGAAAGACUGGUAGAUUCCGGAGAGACCUCUACAAGCUCUCCUUUGGCCUGUGGCCUGCCUUACAGUACUCUCAAGACUCAGCGGCGGAUGCACCCAUCGAUUGCACAAUUAAUCCGGGAGACUCUUUAUCCCAAUCUGGAGGACUCCCAGUCCGUGUCAGACUAUCCCAAAGUCACUGGGAUGCGGAGAAGACUUUUCUGGCUGGAUCAUCGCGUGCCAGAGAACGAUUCUUCUGAGGCAGAUGGGAAUGAUACUUCCCACUGGAACAGGUACGAGAUCGACAUGACGCUCGCACUGGUCAAUCAUCUCGUCCAGCACGGGAAAUACAUGGAGCAAGAUAUUGCGGUACUGACUCCAUACCUUGGACAGUUUCACAGGCUGCGCCAGAGGCUUGGAACUUCCUAUGCUUUGAUGCUAGGUGAGCGAGAUCAGGAGGAUCCAAAGAAUGCCUCUUCUGUUAUCAAGGCAUCCCUUCUUCGCGUGCUCAGAGUAGCAACUGUUGAUAACUUUCAAGGUGAAGAGGCUAAGAUCUUUGUCAUCUCCCUGGUCAGAAUGUCUCGCAGCCUGAUGACUUCCUACGACUCUCCCCCGAAGGCGGCUGCAAUCUGCGAUGUGACAAACGUCUCCCACGUGGACAUGCAUGUGUGCAGAAAGGCCACUCUGGCAUCCUUCAUGACGCCGUUUUCUGCCUGGAACCAUGCCCGAGACCACGCAAAGGGUGCACACACCCAUGUCCAAAACGUUGUGGUGAUCCUUGCCCGAACAAGUGCAAUGUCAAUAUCUUCAAGGAAGACCGGGUACUCAAGUGUGGGCAUCUGA